AUGCCGCGUAGUCGAAGCCGUAGUCCAAGAGGAGAUCGACAUGCUAGUAGUCGAUAUCGUGGAGGAGGUGGACCACCAUCAAAUUCUGGAAAUAGUCGAAGACGAAAUAGUCGUUCACGAUCACCAAGAGACCGUGAUCGUCCACAUCGUGAUCGUUAUCAGCAACGUUCUGAACGUCCUAAUAAACGUUAUUCACGAUCUCGUUCACGUACUCGUUCACCAUCACCAAAAGCAUUUGGAAAUAAAAUAGUUGAUAAACGCAAUGAACCAGCACAACGCAUUUUUGAUCCUUCGGAAUUACAAGGUAAAACAGAAGAUGAAAUUGAAAUGAUGAAAACAAUGGGUUUUGCAUCGUUUGAUACAACUAAAGGUAAACAUACUGAAGGUUCAACUAAUGCUCAUGGAACUAGUAUUCAACAAAAACGACGUUAUCGACAAUAUAUGAACCGAAAAGGUGGUUUCAAUCGUCCUUUAGAUCCAAUUGCUUAA